ACCAUUUGAUGCUCUGCCCUGCCACUGCCCUGCCACCCUCCUCCCACGUCAAGCUGACCCACGUUGCUUCCCCGCGCCACCAUCCCCAGCUGGAAAUCACUCCCCCCCGCCCCGGUUCCGUUUCCCACCGCACGCACGGCGCCGCGCUCGCGCGGGAAAUCCGGAAGGGGAGUGGCGUCGUACUGCGCCCCAGGGUGGGUGUCGCCCGUCCGUCCGUCCGUCAGUCCUUCCCAUCAGAUCAGAGCGCUUCAAUACAACCACCCCCGAGAGGGCCGAGGGGAGACGACUAUUGCCAUCGCCGCACCAGCAGCUCCUCCCCCCAUUCCGCCUGGGGGGGCGCGCUAGGGUUUCCUUCCCGCUCUCCCCGCCUCGCCGCUCACCAGGGGCUCCCGGUCGGGCCGCCGCCGGGGCCUCCUCGCCGCUGGGGGCUCCGGCCGGCCCGCGCUCGCGGGAUGCGGCCGGUUCCGAGAUCAAUGGGGAAUGGAACCAAGGCUGCUGCUGAUGUUAGGGAAGGGCAACUCAUGCUCAUGGAUCAAUGUCUUGCCGCCACAAGCCAGGCAGUUGUACAUACUGCUUUUCGCUAUGGCUUGGCAAACCUAACCUGAGGCUCCUCAGGCCAAAGACCCAGCGCAGCGACUCCUCGUAAGAGGAUGCAUUCGUCUGCACGUGCCCAUCAACAACUCCUGCAACUAUUCUCCACUAAACACCGAUGACCUCUUCCGGGGCGCUAACCUGUCCUGGACGAGCUAUGGUGAUACCUACCUACGUAUUGAAGUACCACUAUAUAACAAUCACUGAUCUUUCUUCCUUAGGUUCCCCUCGUCUUCACUGCGAUUAUCAUUUGUUAGUGAUUAUUGCCACUAAUAUUGUGUAAGGGUUAUUUUGGUUUGCUGUGAACCAAUUUAGAAGCUGGGAAAUUGGUGGAUCAUGGUACCAUUUCGUACUUUUGGAAACUAGAUGCAUCUUCCGACUUCUGAUGAAUGAAUGGAUGAACGGUGGAUUA